AUGUCUUAUCCGAGAAAAAGUAUUUUAUCAAGAUUUAAUCAAUCCAAGCAUGAAGAGUUUUGUGAUAAAUAUUCUUGGAUGUACGAUAAAGAUAAACGGAUAAGCGCAGUUAUAAAAAUCUUGAAUAAACUAUCCAAGGACACUACGUGUUUCUAUAAAUUUUCAAAAGUAUUUGGAACUCAACUUCAACCUCAAUUUCUCAAUGAAUCAACAAGAAAGAUGUAUGAAUUAGGUUUAAAUGUUCUUGAAGAUAAUGAUAAUAUUCCAACAUCCGACAAAUGUAAUCCUGAGGAAUAUAAUUAUUAUAUGACUUGUAAAAAAGAUUUAGAAUGUCUUACCAAAGAACAAAUUAAACAUCGUGAUAACAUUAGGAACCAGGAAUAUGAUGAAAUUAUUGAAAGAUCAACAAAUGACCAGGGGCUUAAACUAGAAAAAUUUUAUUCAGAAAAGGUACCAGAGUUAAGCGAUUAUGUAUUUGAUCGAAUUAUUAAAGCUAAAGACGUUGAAGAGGUCUUAGAUAUACAACGUGAAUAUGAAUUUUUUUACGAGAAUAUUUUAAAAACUUAUUUUUCAGAUAGUUCGUAUAAUAAUAACAGGCGUGAUAUUGGCAUAUAUGAUGGUCACGAAGAAGCUAAAUCUAUUUUUGAGGGGUAUAAUUUUGAUGAUUAUUCUGAUAAACUUGAUCUUGCAAUUCGAAAAAUAAAUAGUAUUCGAGGUAGGAUUAUAUCAACAUAUAAGACAUUUUAUUUAAAAUAUGUUUAUGACACGGGCAUAGAAAAAAAUGUUCCGUAUCGUAAAGAAGAUGCAAAUAAUUUUUUUAAUGAACAUGCCAAAAAACUGGAGAUAUUUCAUCAUCUGUCACCUUUUUCUUUCUGGAUACUGAUGUUGGGUUAUUACUAA